AUUUUCUGUUUGAAAAUUGCGAUUGCGUACAAAGUCUCUAACGAGAUCUACACGUAUAAUUAAGUUACACGUAUAAUCCGUGUCGAUGUGUAAGGUACAAGACGUGGUUACUUAGCAACGAUCUUACAAAACAGUACCAUUAUACUUAUAAGGUAUCAAGUUAAUCGAGUCGUCAGACAUGGUCAGCUGAUGUAGGACUACGGACUUUGUAGUGCUGUCGUUAUCGUUAUUACUUGCACUACAUUUUGCUACUAUUUUUUAAGAAGUCACUCUAUCAGAUAAAACCGUUUUUUACACAUUUUUUAUCGGUAUCGACAAACGAUGGGUCCCAAGAAGACGAAAGGGAAGACGACGGACACCGUUGACGGGGUAGAUACAGCCAAAAUGAACAGGGAGCAAUUGGAGAUAUACGCUCAUAAGAUACUGGAGGAGAUGGAACGCGAACGGGAGGAGAGGAAUUUCUUUCAGAUAGAGAGGGACAAGUUGCGAACUUUUUGGGAGAUCACGAGACACCAACUGGACGAAGCGCGCGCCAUGGUCAGAAACAAGGAACGUGAGAAAGAGGAGCUCGAAGAAAAGCACGAGGCCGAGCUCAAGUUGUACAAGCAGAAAGUGAAACAUUUAAUGUACGAGCAUCAGACCAACUUGUCGGAGACCAAGGCCGAUCAUCUGGUCGCUCUUAAAUUGGCACAGGACGAUCACGCGGCGCAGGAGAACGAGCUGAUCAAGGACAAGAUAGAUCUCAAGAAGGCGCAGAAGGAGCAGGAGUUGUCUUACAUGAACGAGAUUCGCACACUGAAGCUGCAUAACUCGGAGGAAAUGAGCAAUAUGAUGAAGAGAUUCCAGUCGGAAGCGACGAAAAUGGAGCAGAAGUACGAGCAAAAGUUGACUAAUCAGUACGAGUCCUUGACGCUGAAGAAUCGAAUGGAAAUCACGGAAGUGGAGGAGAGAAAGAACACGCAAAUUGCGGAUCUAAUAAAGAACCACGAAGACGCGUUCACCGAAAUGAAAACUUAUUAUAACGACAUCACCCUCAAUAAUCUGUCGUUAAUUAAGAGCAUGCAGGAACAAAUGGAGACGAUGAAAAGUAAUGAGGAGCGUCUAAAGAAGCAGGUGCGGGAAUUGACCACGGAGAAUAAGAAGUGCUCAGCCGACUUAAAGAUCUCGCAGGAAACGGUGACCGAACUGAAUCGUCAACUCGCAAAUUACGAGAAGGACAAGCAAUGCCUAACUAACACGAAGCGGAAACUGUCUGCCGUGACGAAGGAUCUGGAAAAUUUUAAGUGGGAGAACGAGGUGCUCGAGCUGCGCUUCGAAAAAUGUCAAGCCGAGAGAGACGAGCUACACUCCAGAUUCGUCUCGGCUAUUUUCGAGCUGCAACAGAAAACUGGCUUGAAGAACGUGUUGCUGGAGAAAAAGUUAGAGAAGCUGUCGGAUUUGUUGGAGCAACGUGAGGCGCAGAUCAGCGAGGUGUUAGCCGCUGCUCAAUUGGAUCCCGUGGCGGUGGUUACCGUGAACAAGAAACUGGAGGAUAUGCUGAACAGAAAAAAUACUGCGAUACAAGAACUGCAGUACGAGUUGGCGAAGGUUUGCAAGGCGCACGACGAUUUGUUGGCGACUUAUGAGAGCAAACUGCAGGAAUACGGAAUCCCCAAGACCGAACUUGGUUUUCAGCCUCUGAGAACGAAGAUGGCCGGUGUGAAAUGGGGCUCGGGUCCAGCUGGUCUCGUCACCUCGAAUCGAUAGCACACUUUUUUGUAAAUAUUUGUGCGAUCAUUGGUGGCGGUCUGAUAUUUCCUUUAUUCUGGAAAAUUAUGCGGGCGCACAUACUUCUUGAUGGAACAAAAGACAUAGCGUUUCUUAUAAAUACGGUAACGCUGGCUGGAUACAUCAUAAAAGGAUACAUACAUAUAUAUAUAUAUAUAUAUAUGCUCAAUUUAUUUAAACGCUAUUUUCCAUCCCGCAAUAUAAUCGACGCACAGAAUUAAUUUUGACACGGUAGUACUUUUAUUCUGUAAA